AUGUGGUGGUGGGUAGGAGAAAGAGAUCUCGCUGUACCGGCAGCGCGCCCGGUGCGCAGGCGUGGCCUGGCGGCGCGGCGCCCCACAGCGGCGGCGGCGGCAGGUCGCCAGAUGCGGGCCGCGGGCCCCGCGGCUCGCGCCGCCCCCACGUCCCGCGGCUCCUCUCCCCGCUCCGGCGACGACGGGCGCGCCUCCGCCCCCGCGUCCGGGCCGUUCCAGCUGCCGCCCGCUCUCUACAAGAGCUUGCUCGGCAGCGCUCUGCUAGACAAGGCGGCCAGCUGCGUCUCCGUGGGCGUCCCGACAGCCCUCCGUGCGUCUUCCGCCGCCGCCGCCCGCGCCCCUGAGAAGGCAGCGUUCGUGUGGGGCGGCGAGUCGUCGUCGGCGCACCACCACCACCACCAGCAGGCGCAGCACCAGCCGCAGCCGCAGCCGCAGCAGCAGCCGGCGCCGGCGCAGCAGCAGCCGCAGCCGCAGCACCAGCAGCCGCAGCCGGCGCCGCAGCAGCAGGUGUCGCAGCAGCACCAGCUGCAGCUGCAGCAGCCGCACCCGCCGCACCAGGGCAAGUCCGCCGCGGCCGCCGCUGCCGCGCUGCACGCGCCGCCCGCCUCCGCGCAGGGCCUAGUGCACUGGAUGUCCGUCAUGGCCGAGCACAUCAACACGCCGCACCACGACUCCAUGCACUACAUGUGGAACGGCGUCGAGCAAUGCGGUCCCCACGGGAAGGAGCUGGAUUACGCGUGGUCGCGGCAGUCGGUCGUCGCAAAGCAGGGAUAUGAGGCGAAGAUGAGUACGCUGGAUCAACAUAACCAUUCCAUGCAGAAAGGCGGAGGCGGCGGCGCCGAGGACCAGCAGCUGGGCGGCGCGCUGGCGGCGCGCUCCUCCAGCUCCAGCAGCUGCGCCUCGCCGCCCACGCACGCGCACCCGCACGCGCACGCCGGCGCCGCCCCCGCGCCGCCGGCUGCCAUGCUCGUCGUGCCGCAGCCCAUCAACGCCUCCAAGCAGGCGCCCGCCACCAACGGCGGACCGCCCCCGCGCAAGUACCAGUGCAAGAUGUGUCCUCAGGUCCGAGGUAGGAAACGAGCUGGUGCCAAAGCGAGGGAUGGCAGCUUAUCCUGGCCAGGCAUUGACCAUACAAACCCGGAGAUAUUUGGUUCAAAGGCUGAUUUGCAGCUUCAUACCCAGAUCCACAUGAGAGAAGCGAAGCCAUACAAAUGUUCUCAGUGCAGUAAAGCAUUUGCAAACAGUUCUUACCUGUCUCAGCACACGAGGAUCCAUCUGGGCAUCAAACCGUAUCGGUGUGAAAUAUGCCAACGGAAAUUUACACAACUUUCUCACCUGCAGCAGCACAUUCGCACGCAUACUGGAGAUAAACCGUACAAGUGUCGUCAUCCCGGCUGCAACAAAGCCUUCUCUCAGCUGAGCAACUUGCAGAGUCAUUCAAGGUGUCACCAGACUGAUAAGCCAUACAAGUGUAACUCGUGUUACAAGUGCUUUUCAGAUGAGCCAUCUUUACUUGAACACAUUCCCAAGCACAAAGAAUCAAAGCAUUUGAAGACACACAUCUGCCAAUACUGUGGAAAAUCGUACACACAAGAAACGUAUCUUACAAAACAUAUGCAAAAGCAUGCAGAAAGGACUGACAAGAGACCACCUAUAACAGGUAUCGGGCCCGAUGUAAGAAACGCCGGUCUUGGAGGCGGCAAUGGUAGCUCAGUUGCUGACCCACAUCCUUACUGGCCUAAAGUAUCGCCUGACACUGCUAGCUCACUGGUCGAAGCAAUGAACCAACACGAGGUAUGCAUGCAGCACGCCAGCAGUGGAGGUCUCGGGGAACACCACUUGGCCGUGUCACAUCACAGGAGUCUAUUGGAACACGGGAGUCGCCACGUGAACGGUUCUGGCAGCGACGGAGGUGGUAAUGGAGGUAGUGGAAACAGUGAGAAUCUAGUGGUGAUCCGGAGUCAGCAGGGUGGAGCUGCUGGUCUACACCAGCAGCAUUCGGUUGCACCACCUGCUCCACCUCCAACUCCCACCUCACAAUCGCAACAGCAACAAGCGACAGUGCCAUCGUCACCUUCCUCUGUCUACGGUGAUUCUACAGUAAAGACUUCGACUACUCCAUCGUCAGCUUCUGCUUUCACUCCUAUACAGUCAAUGGGUGGCUUGACACAGACCCACCAUCAUCUCAAUCACUUGAAUCACCACCAGCUGGGGAUAGCUUCACCUCCCACUCGGCCACCGUACAUUCCGUAUGACGCUAUACCGUUUCCACCACCAAAAGUUGUCACGUCGGCAGCAGGCCAACUUUCUGGCAUGGGUGGAGGUGGUGUCGAGAUGCCAAAGACUGGUUCAAACACGUUCCCUAACCAGCUGAUCUCUUUGCACCAAAUUAGAAACUAUGCUCAUCAGCCAUCAGCCUCUUCAUUAGUAACUGGUGAACAUCUGCUCGGUCUGAAAGAGAAGGGACAGUAAUGAUAUCCUCUGAAUGAAGUGUUGUUGUUUAGUAAAUGUUUUGAGGAUCUGUUGUUGAGACUGCUCAAAUUUUAGCACAAUGGAACUGAAAGAAGUGUAGAAUCUGGACUGUGAGAAGUAUUUUCAGAGGGUGCCUGUGCGUCGAGUAAAUUAAUUUGUAGUUAAGCAAUAAUGUGCUCAAUUUAGUAGAAAGAACUUUGAGGUUAUUAUUGUUUCCUAAAUUUCACCUGUUCUGCUGUGUAACCUGACAGUGUAUUUGUUUCGUUAUUUAAGUAACGAACUGUAAACCAAAGAGCUGUGGUGUGUCAACUGUGUUAGUGUUGUCAGAAGAAGAAAGUUUGUUUGUCAUGAAGAAAACAAAUAAUUUAUCUCUUCCAAUGUAAACAAAACAUUUUAAAACACCAGUUUAAUUUUUCCAGGCUUUAUAUUUAAGUUGGGUAUACAGCAUAAUAGGUUUCAAAAUUUCCUGUAGAAAUGUCAACUGUUACUUUUGAACAUUUAGUUUGAAUAUGUAUACUACAGGAGAAAUGAAAUGAAAACUCUUGUGCAAUUAAUUUAAAUAGAACUUACCAUUUUACGUCUGUCAGCAGUUUUAUUGUGACAGUUGAAUUUCUGGUAAAAAAGUUCUGUUUGUACCAAAUAUUAAAAAAAACGUGGUUUACAACAUUAAACCAAAACAACAACUUUCAGAAAAAUCAUUCUUUAGAAGAAUUUAUGUGAUUACUCAAAAAAGAUCAUAUGUGUUGUUCCUGAAGUGAGAAAAAAACCAUUUCUGUGCUCAUGGAGUUGUUUACAAAGAAACUUGGUGCUGGCAUUCCAGAAUAUACAAAUGAACUGAUAAUAAUAUGUAAAAAAAUCUUUUCCAUUUAUGAUGUUACAAUUUUGAACAAUAAAAGGCUCAUUUAAAGAGAGCUGCAGAGAAAUACUGAUGUGCCGUCUGUCUGUCUGUGCACUAUAAACUUAAUGACUGUAUCAUUGUGGAUUAUCAUAUGUUUCCUAUAAAAUGCAUUCUAUAUGUUUUGAAUCUCAUUGUUUUACUUACAGUGUCAUUAUCUUUCCUUGGGAUCUGUGAGUUAGUGAUGUUUUGUAACAUCACCGAAAGAACUUGAUGUUUAAUGCAAAAAAAAAAAAAAAAAUGAUUUAGAAAAAUUUUAACAGAAUUUCUUGGUGUUAACUGUAGAUGUGUAUGAACUUCUUGUGAAUUUUUCUCAUGCGAAAUAUCAGACACUGUAAUUUUUCAGAAAGAGAUUUUAAUUUUACAUCUAAAACACACAUAAUAUGUGAUGCAACUCUUAUCAGAAAAUAGAACAUUCGUAUGCAAUGAACAAUUUCAUUUCAAAACAUCUGUUGCAACAGUCCCACAAUAAAGCAACUAAAUACUCAUUCACAACACAA